GAAGCAAAAAUGUAUUUUUACUUAUUAACUGUUUUAUUAAUGGCUGUUGGAUUUAAUGAUGGAAAAGAUUGUUCCAGCAAUCAAGGCAGUCUAACUUUUCUGACAGACACGAUAAAAUUUACUAGUGUCCAAGGCGUUUCUGACAGCUUUAAUGGAGCUAUAAGCAACAGUAUUUGCAAAAACAAUAGUUUACAAACGAUUUGCUAUAAUAGCGUGGCAAAUAAGCAAAGUAUCGGAAAAGUUGUCUGUAGUAAAAAUAUUUGUAUCUGCAAUUAUGACGACAAUUAUUGCUACAAGGCAAAUCAAACUAGCGGUUAUAUUCUUGACUAUAUGUUUUAUUCUUACAACGGCUAUAUUUACAUUAACCCAAACACUGGCGGACAGAAACUUGAAAGAACAGUUGGAAAAAGAUCAUUUGAACAUAAAACAACAGCCGAUAUGAAAUUAGUCCCAACCACAACUAGCUAUUUACACGGGAAAGCGCUUCUUGUUGGCUGUACAACUUGUGAUAAAUUACAUGCUAAUAAAGAGCUUCUUAAAUGUUGA